AUGACAACACCCACCACCCUACUUAAAUUUACCCUUCUCCCACCAGAGCUGCGGAAUAUCAUCUGGGAAAUAUCCCUUCCCGAGCCUCGCGUCCUCGACAUAUACCCAGCGUCAGCGUCCCAAAAGAUCCUACCACAGCAGGGCCUGCGCUUCGCCAAUCUCUAUACUGAACCACCGCCUGCCCUCGCCGCUGUGUGCCGAGAGUCUCGCUCCCUCGUGUGCCAUCACUACCGACCGCUGACGCUGGGAAGAACGACAAAGUAUGUCGACCUGAACAGGGACAUGCUGUUGCUGGAGUCAUAUCUCUUUGGGCGGGAUCUCAUGCGCACGCUCCUCUUCAUGAGCCAGAUCCCGCUGAUCAAGGACAACCUGCAGAGCCUGGCGUUUGGGACGUCCUUUGGCGUGCACACCGGCGUGUGGCAUCCUGUACUGGGUUGGAAGAAGCUGACGAGGGGCAACAUGGGAAAGUUCCUCCAACGUCUGGGCGCAUUCCCGGUGUUGGAGCGGCUCGUGUUCAUGGUACACCAAGAGAUGCAAUUCGAGGUGGGCUCGAGGCUACCCCCGCCGAGGGUCUUGCACGGCAACAGAGACUGCAGACCAUCGACACCCCCUGCCACCCCUCGAAGAUCACAAACACCAACAUCCCCUUCAGGUCCCUUGGACCCUGCCUUUUAUCUGAUAGAUGGUCACAGGGGUAGCAGUAAAGGGCACUUUUACCGCGUCCCGUGGACGGCCGAGAAACCGUGGCUCCCGCAUGCCAAUGACAUCGCCUACUACGCCUCUCCUGUAGCGGAUGAUGAUGACAACGGCAUCGACGCUGCUCGCCCAAGAAAAGAUGCAGGGGCAUCAAAUCGCGCGGGGAAACUUGUACCGACUAACGACGACUGGGUGCGCUUCCGACGGUCCUUUAGACGCGCAAUGGAGACCGGGCUGGAGCUGGGCUUGGCGGAUCCCGCAACGAACUCGUGCCCAUUACGAAAACGGAAACGAAUGACUGAGGUGGGAGGGGAGGAGGAGGAUAGGAAUAUGCCGCUACAGACGUCGAAUAAAGUGCGGAAGCUGGUGAUGUCCGAGGGAGGGUGCAAAUUGCUGGCGAUCGAGGGCGCGAGCCUUGUUUGGCGGUAUUCGUUGCCAACAUGA